GCAUGUCGGGGCCUCGCGGGAGCUGCCGAGGCAGCGGCGGCGGCGGCGGCGGAGGGAGCAGGCCGCAGCGCCAGGCCGGGGGAGCAGGCCGCGCUCCCCUGGCCGGAGCAUGGCGGAGGGCUGGCGGGAGCCCCGACGGGCCCUCAGCGUGGGCGACUCCCUGGACCUGCAGGCCGCGCCCGCCGUCCGGGCCGCCCUGACGGCGGCCGAGCAGCAGCGGCGGCGCCCGCGGAGCCUCUACGCCGGCUCCGACGGGCUGCAGGCCCCGUCCAGGCCCCGCGCCGGCCUGCUGGAGCUGCUGCGCCUGCGCUCGCCCCGUCGGGCCGGCCAGGCCGCGGGGCCUCCUCCGCCGCCUUUCCCGGCCGAGCAGCCCGCGGCGGGGGGCGUCUUCCUCCGGGGCGGCUCGCUGUGGGGCAGCCGGCGGCGGGGCCCGCCGUCGGGCAGCCUGAGCAGCCGCCUGCGCAAGAGCUUCAGCUUCCGUCUGCGCCGCGGGCCGCCGCCGCCGCCCAGCGCCGGCUCCCCGCGCCCGGCCCGGCUCCGCAGCCGCAGCGAGGGCGACGCCGCCGCCUCCAGCCUCCAGCCGGCCAAGCGGGACUCGCCGGGCGGCGGCUUCUGGAAGCAGCUGGGCCAGCGGCUCCGGCGCCGGGAGCGCUUCUGGCCGGCGGAGGCGGGGAGGGCGGCGGCGGCGGCGGCCCUGGAGCCCCGCGCCCGGCCGGGUCCGCUCUGGAGCCGGCGGGGAGCCGAGCCCGUCUUGACGGCCCUGCGCUUGAGCGGAGCCAGGCGGCCCGACUCCUUCGUGAACAGCCAGGAGUGGACCCUGAGCCGCUCCGUGCCAGAGCUCAAGGUGGGGAUUGUGGGAAACCUGUCCAGCGGGAAGUCAGCCUUGGUGCACCGCUACCUCACUGGGACCUACGUGCAGGAGGAGUCCCCGGAAGGCGGCCGAUUCAAGAAGGAGAUCGUGGUGGACGGGCAGAGUUACCUGCUGCUGAUCCGUGACGAGGGCGGCCCGCCUGAGCUGCAGUUUGCCGCCUGGGUGGACGCGGUGGUCUUCGUCUUCAGCCUGGAGGACGAGAUCAGCUUCCAGACGGUCUACAACUACUACCUGCGCCUGUGCAGCUACCGCAACACGUCGGAGGUGCCCAUGGUGCUGGUGGGCACCCAAGAUGCCAUCAGCGCCACCAACCCCCGGGUGAUCGACGACUCCCGGGCCCGGAAGCUGUCCAACGACCUGAAGCGCUGCACCUACUACGAGACGUGCGCCACCUACGGGCUGAACGUGGAACGUGUCUUCCAGGACGUGGCGCAGAAGGUGGUGGCCCUGCGGAAGAAGCAGCAGCUCUCCAUUGGCCCGUGCAAGUCGCUCCCGAAUUCGCCCAGCCAUUCCUCCGUCUCGGCCGCCUCCGUGCCCACCGUCCACAUCAACCAGGCUGCCAACGGGGGCGGGGCCUUCAGUGACUACUCCUCCUCCGUGCCCUCCACGCCCAGCAUCAGCCAGCGGGAGCUGCGGAUCGAGACCAUCGCCGCCUCCAACACCCCCACCCCCAUCCGCAAGCAGUCCAAGCGCCGCUCCAACAUCUUCACAUCUCGGAAAGGCCCCGACAUCGAGCGGAAGCCCCCCGAGUGUAAGGCCGACACGAUUGGAAGUGGGAGGGCCAUCCCCAUUAAGCAGGGCGUGCUCCUGAAGCGCAGCGGGAAGUCCCUGAACAAGGAGUGGAAGAAGAAGUACGUGACGCUGUGCGACAACGGGGUGCUCACCUAUCACCCCAGCCUCCACGACUACAUGCAGAACGUCCACGGGAAGGAGAUCGACCUGCUCAGGACGACGGUGAAAGUGCCGGGCAAGCGGCUCCCCCGGGCGGCCAGCACCGCGCCCCCCGCCGCCUGCGUGCCCGGGGCCAGCCCCAAGACCAACGGCCUGGCCAAGGAGAGGAGCGCCCUGGCCUUCCCCGGAGGAUCCAGUGCCCCCCACUCGGCCAGCAGUACCUCUCUGCACUCGGAGCGGUCGGGCAGCGGCACCAACCUAGGGGGGUUCAGCCUGAAGCCGGAAGGCAGCGGCAUUCACCAGCGGUCCUACUCGGUCUCCAGCGCGGACCAGUGGAGCGAGGCGGUCGUCAUGCCCAGCGGCGCCCCCAGCGCAGCCAAUGGUGCCAGCGACUCGCUCAGCUCCAGCCCCAACGUCUCCAGCACGGCCAGCCCCAAGCUGGAGCCGCCCCCGUCCCCUCAUGCCAACCGGAAGAAGCACCGUCGGAAAAAGAGCACGGGCACGGGACGGCCCGACGGGGCGGGCAGCGUGGCGGAAGACCAAGAGGAGAGCUUUGAGUUCGUGGUGGUCUCCCUGACGGGCCAGUCGUGGCUCUUCGAGGCCUCCACGGCCGACGAGAGGGAGCUCUGGGUUCAGGCUAUCGAGAGCCAGAUCCUGGCCAGCCUGCAGGGCUGCGAGAGCAGCAAGCACAAGUCGCGGCUGGGCAGCCAGAGUGACGCGGUCGCCCUCCAGUCCAUCCGCACUGUCCGGGGCAACAGCUUCUGCGUGGACUGCGACGCAGCCAACCCGGACUGGGCCAGCCUGAACCUGGGCGCCCUGAUCUGCAUCGAGUGCUCGGGCAUCCACCGGCACCUGGGCACGCACCUCUCCCGCGUCCGCUCCCUGGACCUGGACGACUGGGCCCUGGAGCUGGUGAUGGUGAUGACGGCCAUCGGGAACAGCCUGGCCAACUCCGUCUGGGAAGGCGCCCCCAAGAACUACCCCAAGCCGGGGCCGGAGAGCUGCAGGCAGGAGAAGGAACGCUGGAUCCGGGCCAAGUACGAGCAGAAGCUGUUCCUGGCCCCCCUGCCCCACUCCGACGUGCCCCUGGGCCAGCAGCUGCUGCGGGCGGUGGUGGAGGACGACCUGCGGACGGUGGUGCUGCUGCUGGCCCACGGCUCCAAGGAGGAGGUGAACGAGACCUACGGCGACGGGGACGGGCGGACGGCGCUGCACCUCUCCUGCGCCAUGGCCAACGUGGUCUUCACCCAGCUGCUCAUCUGGUACGGCGUGGACGUGAAGAGCCGGGAUGCUCGCGGCCUGACCCCCCUGGGCUACGCCCGCCGGGCUGGCAGCCAAGAGUGCGUGGAGAUGCUGUUGCAGCACGGCUGCCCGGGCGACGCCCCGGCGGGCAGCCUCACCCCGAGCCUGCCGCGCCGGAACAUCAACAACAACGCCUCCGGCACGCCGCUGUCCGAGCCGGGCUGCCCGGGCUAAGACGUCGGCGGCGUCCGUCCCUCCCGCUACCCACGGCAGAGCACGGCAGCGCCCUCCCGCAUGCUCCUCGCCCGCCUUUGGAGGCCCAAAGAGACUAGACUUCUUAAGAGGGGGUGGGGUACCCUUCUGCGCCCGCCCCGCCCCCCGAAGAGAAAGGGCACGUGGACUCCGUUGGGGGUGCUGGGCAGGAGAGCCCCCUUGUUUCCUUCCUCCAGCCCGCCACCCGUUUCUCUCUCCCUCGCCGCCUUUUCUCCUUCUCCCAAGGCCUGCUGCAAAUUCCUCAGCCCCUGGUGUGAGGACUCCGGGGAGGGGGGGGCAGAAACGGGGGGGGGAAGCGCGGUUUCGAUGCUGCCUGAGACCUCCUGCCCCUCCCCCCACCCCACCCCGGUUUCAAGUCACUUGUGUAUAAAGUGUACAUUGGAAAUAUUUAUAUGACAGUUCUGUAAAUAUGGGUUUUUUUGUUUUGUUUUGCCCCGUUUGUUUGUGUCCCUCGGCAAGCGUGCAAGUGCGAGCGAAUGUCGGGUUUUUUGUUUUUUUUUUUUUCCCCCACAGCAGAGAAGCUGCGAAAUAAAGGAACUGCCCCCCCCCA